AUGACGGAAGCCCUCUCCGGCGCGCUUUUGGCUCACGAAAGUGCCAUCAACUUCACCUCCACGAUCUCCUUCGCACUCUGCCCUGGCUGCGGCCUGCACGGGGAUGCCCCGGCGUUGGGCCAGAUGGCGCUCAUCCGCGAUGCUAUGUUCCACCCGGAGCGCUAUGGCUACCAGCCACGCAACAACUUGGCGGACAACUACCGGCGGCGGUGGGUUAAUAGCUUCAACACAGCCAACGAUGCCAUGGACUUGAAGGCCAAGUUCUUCGACCGCUACAACUCAGAACGGGCCCAAUUUCCGAUCACCUGGAAUCCUGCAGGGCACUAG